AUGAUCGCCAUAUGCUUGGCCUAUUCAUCGUGGGAAAGAAUUGUCCUUGUUGCCCUCGGCGUGGCGUUCUUCUAUUGGUAUGCUUAUUCCCACUUGCCUCUACUUCCUUGCUGUAAGCUAUAUUUUGCGUGAAUAGUUGGAUAUUCACCAAUUGUAUAAAGUGGCCCAAUUCUUAGCUUCUGAGCUUCAGUUGUUGGAGACCUUUACUCUGGUGUAUGUUGUUAAAUUUCAUGAAAAAUCAUGGCGUGCUUCAGGUUUCUGCGCUGUUGACGUAUAGUUCUCGGACCGUCUUUUAAAAAUUUAAUCACACGGAGUACGUGAGACAAGAUUAUUGUAAUUCACAUCACUGCCUCCACGCGAACCGAUGCGCUCUACACGACCAAGUGGUAUGAGUAAUCACUGAACAAUCAGGACGCUUAAACCAGUGGUCUAUGUUAUAUGGGGAACCCAAAUGACCAGGAAACCCCGAUCGAAGUCAAACUGCCUAUCUUCCCAAUCUUGCACCAGAUGUUUUACUAAUGAGAUAUGGAUGCGCUUCCUGUGUGUGCGCGUGAUCGAUAUACCCCUAUCUCCGACUCGUAAGAUGAGGCAUCUUAAGAUGCAUCGCUUAUACGUUGGAAAUGGACAGUUGCAGUAUACAGACUAGAUAAGAUCUGUAAUUCUGACAAUUAAAACAUUUCGAAUGUUAGACUGGAAGAUACUAAAAUUUCACAAUACCCCCGCCACCCGUAAUAUGUCGGCCUUGGCCUACUACAACAGCUCGAAAUGUUUUAUUUAUCCUGUUUUUGCCAUUGGGGAAGCCAUUUGAUCGGUCAGACAUUAUUUAUUUCUGCCUUCUGGUGAAGUCGGCAGUGGUUUUACGACUCACUCUCGAAUGCCACAGAUACCAGUGUGCCUGCUUUAGGGUACGAUAUCGCGUCAUGUCUAAGGUGCUUGUCUAUUAAUUCUAUAAUUAUGACUGAGGUAAGGCCUUUUUGUUGACUUUCGGCUUGGGAGAUUCGAGUAUAGUGCAUACCAAAUUGCUGCUAAAAGAAUAAGCAUAAUGAGAUAUAAUCACCCGAAUGGUUUCUGCUCGCAGUUUUUGCUAGGUUUCUAUGGGUUAAUCAUUGUGCCUGUUGCCGUAAGGGUCCGCUUUUAUCAGUUGCUUAUUUGGUCAAUCCUCAAUAUUAGUGUAUACUGGGUUAUGUAUGUAGAAGUUAAAACUGAACAUGCCCGACCACCAUUACUUGUGACUCGUAUAGCGAGGAAUUCAGGUCUUCGAAUGCGACAGUUCAUAUCGACAGUUAAGGUUUCUGAGCAAAUUUUCUUCCGUUUCCCCCACGUGGUCAGUACUGCUGUUUCUAAGCCAAUCCGUCCCUUCACUGGGGACCACGUAAAGGCGGUUCUGUCGAUAUCUUUUGGUUGCCCUUGCAUCUCUUUGCAUUCUGGUUUUCACGGCUGAGGGAAUCCAUACUUAGGUCGAUAACUGUCUGUACAUUCACCUUGUUGAUGAAAGUACAAGUCUUAGAGUGUCCACUGUUAUUUCGCCUUACCAUCAGAAGAGCACAUUAGGUAGUCUUAAAAGUCUCGUUAAUUCUUCCUGUCCUUGGAUACAAGUGCGUGCGAUUUGCCCCUUUCGCAACUGAAUGAUUGUCUUAAUUCAUCAGUUCUCUUUAUGUUGUCUCCACACCCUUCCAUCAGCCUAACCGUGGCUUUUACAAAGCCAUGUAAUUGUUCAACCACUAAUUACUAUGGCGAUGCUGGUGGUGACCAGUUUAGCAGCAUUUCUGACGCGGUUUUUGACCCGAAAAGUUCUUAGUUGCGGCAAACCUGUUUAGAUCUCCUGAUUUAUUUCUUACUGCACUGAAUUGCUCUCGAAAUUCGGAAUAAAAGCUUUCCUCGGUCUGACUCCGUUCCGCGGUAGCAGCCCGGGUCAUCUUACUGACUAGCCCUUCUCUCUUACCGACAGUGAACUUGAUACUGUGCGGAACUACUAAACUUGCCACAUUUUCCCCAUGUCAGGCACAACGAGGAACAGCGUAAUCGUUACCUGGUCAACCUUAUCCGACGGAUUCAAGCAGUACAACUCCCCGCUCCCGCGAGGGCAGCCGACGGUCAACAAGUACUUGCUGGUCCAGAUCAGGUGAAAAUUUGUUUGAAACCUUUCCGCCAAGUUAUUACCCACCCCUUCCUCUUACCAUUAAACGAUCUGGAGGAAGUGUGAUAAUGACAGGGAAUUCAUGGUUGCAAUACAUUUUUAAUACGGCCAGGUCUAGGCAUUCGUGUGCAUAUUUUCUCAGUGGUCUUGAGACUACAAUGUUUUUCCAGUCAACCAGGGGUUUUAGUUUUCCUACAUGGUUGUCCCUGUUUUAAAACGACCAUUCCUAAAUUGCCGACAACUGAGGCCUUCCUUGGUCAAGCCUUAAUGUACCAUUGAAAUGGGGAACAACAAUGAUUUUGACGCGACAGAAACUGAAAUGGCAACUGCUGGAAUUCUUGUCGUCAGCAGUCAGCCAGAUACCAGGUCAGAGCAGCCCGGAAUUUAAACUCGACUCUGCUUAGUCAUCGAGGCCUUGAGUCAAACGCCCUCCCACCUGGGUCACGAGUUUGCGCUUUGUCGACCGUUCCCGGAAUUCCGAACGUCGCGUGAAGUUUUUUGUCUUGUCGAAUCGCGCCAUGGGAAGAAAUAUACUUACUCUCUUCUCCCUUAGAGCUCGAAUCUAGGACCCUCGCAGUCGGUCGAAAAGCGAUCAGCAGUCAGCAGUGCUAGCGUGUGGCUGCCUGUCUUUACCAUCAUAUCAUAUCCUCUCCCACCUCAGGAACGACCUAAGGUUCGAAACCGCCCGCGAGGACUCCAGGGCAGACCGAAGCGAUCAUGUUUUCUGGUAGAGGGCGUAAACCGAUCGUUCCUACGGAACUCACUCGUUCCGUUGUGCCUUGCGGGCUCUCUCUCAAGCCCAACCAGCAGCGGCGCAUGAUAUAGGCAGACUGGUAUUACGGACAAAGACACGGGAGAUUGAAAUGGCCAUUUCUGGCUUAUUAGCCGUCAUCAGCCAGUCAUACCCAACCCCGAAGUGUGGAACACCCGAGACUCGAGGUGUGGACUUCUAACAAACAGGUCGCGACUUCGGGUCUCGGCUGUUCUACAUUUCGGAAUUGGGUAUGACUGGCUGACGACGGCUAUUAAGCCGAAGUGGCCAUUCCAGUCUCCCGUGUCUUUGUCGGUAAUAACAUCAUGUUCUCGGCGGAAUGUCACAUCCACGGAAAUCCUUCUCCUACCCUGCUAUGAUUUACCUGCUACCCACUUUUGUUAUGGAGGAUGAUCGUCAUCAAGUACGAUGGAAAAAUACUUCUGACGUUUCUGACCAUCUGGUCGACCCUGGGCGUGUCAAUCAACCUCAGGUCGUUGUGGUGGUGGCGGCGGGAAGAAGUUCCGGUUUUUCGGUCAUGUUGCGGUGGCCUUAUCACUCGUUUUAUUUGUCUCAACGACCAAACAGUGCAAGCCUGACAUUCACAUGCAAAAUUGUCCUGACAGCGGCCGUCUAUGCAACUCUGCCAUCGACGGCCAUUGAUCGUCCGUUUCUUGCCGAGGUCUGGACUGCCUUUUUGCAUGACUGUUAAGCGUAGAAGGUCAGCUCCAUCUGGAUAAUUACCCCAACGGCGUGAAAAACCGAACUCCCCUUGUGCGUGUUCGUGCGGACAAAUUUCUAGCCCAUGUUUUCGGGGCGUUGAGGAAACUGCAUACAAACUUUCCCUGCUUUUCAGCGCUCUUCUUGGCUGGUUUUAUUGCCCCCAACUCUCGCUGAAGCCUCCAACGCUUUUAAUGCCUUCCCCUGUGUAUAAUUUUCAGACAACCAACGCAACUACCGACACAAAUGCUGCCACAGAGGAGACUUCCCCGCCUCCACCACCUGAGGCGCCGCCGGUACUGCAUCCCCUGGACCGACUGGCAAGCACAGUGCGCCUCAUCACCGUCACUUCAUUUCGCUUUAUUUACGCCGUCUUCACUUCCCUAGUUCCCGAGGUGCCGGUGCCUAUCGACUGAAACUGCGCCUGCGGACCUCCCUUUAACUGCACAAGAAGACACACACAUACACACGCCUACGGACUUUCAGCCCUCCUUACCGUUGCUUUCCUGCCCAUUACGGGCAUUGGCCUGCGCCAGCCCUAGCGCUCGCUCUUCCUACCCCUGCUCCCCCCUCUCAGAUUUAAUCAUCCCCUCACCUCCACGGGUUUGGGCAUCACCAGAUUGCAUUGCAUGUACGUACGGACCUGUCCUGUCCCUUUUUACUUUCUGGGGUCUCCGCACGCGCGUUUGGGCGGUCGAUCAGGGCGGAAAGCUGGCGAGGAGAAGGGGUGAUGCAUUCGCCUGCUCAUUGUUUGAUAAUCUUUCCAGGCAGUCAUAUGAACAAUUGCCUUUUAUUUUCAUGGUCUUCACUGCUCAUUCGCUUCCCCACUCAACUUAAUUUGUCGUGGCAUUUUGGAGAGAGUGGGCUCUAGUGCAGAAUUGCCGUCUUUGUUUUUGUGUGUAUGGCGUCAGGCCGGCUGGUUUGAUUUUUACUAGACAAGACCGUCUACCAAGAUCGUGGCACCAUAGCUCUUCCACUAAGAAUUUUGGGCGCGUUGAGUUUUAGCGGUCCAAAGUGGUCGUUGCUGUUGCGCUUGGUCCCAUGGGUUUUCAGAUAAUUUUACUAGGACAUUCAGACCACAAUUCCGCGGUCGCCUGGGAAUGCGAGUGACCCAUAGUUCGUCGGAUAGUGCCUUUGUGAAUGGCCUGAUAGUGGGAUGGUCCAGUGUCUGGAUUGGAUUUUAGACGUUAUUAAUAGCUCUAUGGCCUGGUAAAACAAACGUUUAGAUUGCCACGCCCUCGGUACAGCUGCUACCUGGAGGCCCAUAUACGUGCUUUGUCCGAUUCUGUUCUGUGUCAACGUGUCCAUCAGCGUUGCCUAUGUGGUUUCUCGGCCAUUAACCCCCCAGUUUCUUAUACCUGUUAAUCCUGCCAGAAAUAAAUGAUAAGACUUAGAGUCAAUUCCCCGGUAUGAGCCGUUUUGGGUUCGUGACAGUUUAUAUGGCGCCGCACCAGCCUCUCGCCCCCAGUAUUUCUUUCCCAACCGUUUGGUAUUCGGUCUGGCGUUCGACAGGGUUACAUCCUGUCACCCAUUCUGUUCAACUAUGCUAUUGACUGGUUCCUCGGGAGGGCCCUACGCGAGAGUGAUGGCGUCGAGUUUGCACCCGGACAUCGACUGACUGAUCUCGACUAUGCCGAUGAUAGCGCCUUACUUGCCUCAAGUUUUGGUGAUCUGCAGUCCAUGGUAUCACGGGUGAACGAGGUCACUAAAUCGGUCGGUUUAUCCAUAAACGCGGGGAGACUGAAGUGUUCAAGCUGCAUCCCUGACCAGGAGAAGGCACCCCUCGGGAUUGAUGGCUGUCAACUUGAAGAAGUUGACAGUCUUAAAUACCUUGGGGUGAGGCUGCUGCCUAAUGGACAGUAA